CGGAAGGAGGCGGGGGCGGUUCCUGUCCCGGCUCCCACAGCAGAGGGAAAAUGAGUGUCCCUGACUACAUGCAGUGUGCUGAGGACCACCAGACGCUCCUGGUUGUGGUGCAGCCCAUUGGUAUCGUGCCAGAAGAGAGUUUCUUUCGCAUCUACAAGCGAAUUUCAGCUGUGAGUCUCGUGAACGUGCGCGACUCCCAGCGAGUGCUGUAUAUCCGCUAUAGGCACCACUACCCGCCGGAGAACAACGAAUGGGGGGAUUUUCAGACGCACCGCAAAGUGGUGGGGCUGAUAGCUCUUACGGAGUGCUCCUCCGCGAAGGAAUGGCCUCAGACCUUCGAAAAAUUCCAUCUCCAGAAGGAAACGUAUGGCUCGACGCUGUACGAUUCCCGCUUGUUUGUCUUCGGGCUGCAAGGGGACAUUGCAGAGCAGCCGCGCACAGACGUGGCCUUUUACCCCAGUUACGAUGAGUGUGAGACUGUGGAGAAGAGGAUAGAAGAUUUUAUUGAAUCCCUCUUCAUCGUGUUGGAGUCUAAGCGACUUGACAGAGCCACGGAUAAGUCCGGAGACAAGAUCCCGCUUCUCUGUGUUCCUUUUGAAAAGAAGGACUUUGUGGGUCUGGACACAGAUAGUAGACACUAUAAGAAGCGUUGUCAAGGCCGGAUGCGGAAACAUGUUGGUGACCUGUGUUUGCAAGCUGGGAUGUUACAGGAUUCCUUAGUGCAUUAUCACAUGGCUGUGGAACUUCUGCGGUCUGUAAAUGACUUUCUGUGGCUUGGAGCUGCUCUCGAAGGACUGUGCUCAGCAUCAGUCAUCUACCAUUACCCUGGUGGUACUGGAGGUAAAGCUGGAACUCGUAGGGCACAAGGAGGUUCUCUUUCUGCUGAGGCAGGCAACAGGCACAGACCAGGGGCACAAGAAGUUCUCAUUGAUCCAGGGGCCCUGACUUCAAAUGGUAUCAAUGCAGAUACCAGCGCUGAGAUAGGACGUGCCAAGAAUUGCCUUAGUCCUGAGGACAUCAUAGAUAAAUAUAAAGAAGCCAUUUCUUAUUACAGCAAGUACAAGAAUGCUGGUGUGAUUGAACUGGAAGCCUGUGUAAAGGCUGUGAGAGUCCUUGCAAUACAGAAAAGGAGCAUGGAAGCUUCUGAGUUUCUUCAGAACGCAGUUUAUAUCAACCUUCGUCAGCUCUCAGAAGAAGAAAAAAUCCAGCGGUACAGCAUUCUGUCUGAGCUCUAUGAACGCAUUGGCUUUCACCGAAAAUCGGCUUUUUUCAAGCGGGUAGCAGCGAUGCAGUGUGUGGCACCUAGCAUACCAGAACCUGGUUGGAGGGCCUGCUACAAGUUGCUUUUGGAAACCCUCCCUGGGUAUAGCCUGUCUCUGGAUCCGAAAGAUUUCAGUCAAGGACCUCACAGAGGAUGGGCUGCAGUGCAGAUGCGUUUGCUCCAUGAACUAGUUUAUGCUUCCAGAAGAAUGGGCAAUCCUGCUCUGUCCGUCAGGCACUUGUCUUUCCUUCUCCAGACCAUGCUGGACUUUCUUUCUGAUCAAGAAAAGAAGGAUGUAACACAGAGCUUGGAAAGCUACACAUCAAAAUGUCCUGGCACAAUGGAUUUCAUCACUCUUCCAGACGGCCUGAAGUUGCCUCCUGUUCCCUUCACCAAAUUGCCUAUUGUGAAAUCUGUGAAGCUCUUGAAUCUCCCCAUCAGUCUCCGACCUCACAAAAUAAAAAGUUUACUUGGUCAGAAUAUGACAACCAAAAGCCCCUUUAUAUAUUCUCCAAUUAUUGCACACAGCCGGACUGAAGAACGAAGUAAGAAAAUAGAUUUCCAGUGGGUCCAGGGAGACGUGUGUGAAGUCCAGCUGAUGGUGUACAACCCUAUGCCUUUUGAGCUCCGGGUAGAAAACAUGGGUCUUUUGACAGCAGGAUUAGAAUUUGAAUCGCUUCCUGCGGCUCUUCCCCUCCCCGCGGAGUCCGGUCUCUAUCCGGUAACGCUUGUUGGAGUUCCUCAGACCACUGGGCAGAUCACUGUCAAUGGUUAUCACACUUCAGUUUUUGGCGUGUUCAGUGACUGCCUUCUGGACAACCUGCCAGGAGUCAAGACCAACGGCUGUACUGUCGAAGUCGUGCCAGCCUUGCCGAGGCUGCAGAUCAGUACCUCCCUUCCCAGAUCUGCUCAUACGCUUCAGCCUCCCUCGGGGGAUGAAAUCUCCACUAAUGUGUCUGUCCAGCUUUACAACGGAGAGACCCAACAGCUUAUCAUUAAGCUAGAAAACAUUGGAACAGAACCUCUGGAGAAACUGGAGGUCACUGCAAAAACAAUCAACACCAAGGAGAAGCUGUAUGGUGAUUUCUUGAGUUGGAAUCUAGAAGAAACCCUUUCCCAAUUUCCUUUAAAACCUGGGAAGAUUGCAACGUUUACUGUGAAUAUUAAAGUGAAGCUGGACUUUUCCUGCCAAGAAAACCUUCUGCAAGAUCUCAGUGAUGAUGGAAUCAGCGUUAGUGGACUUCCACUUUCCAGUCCUUUCCGACAGGUUGUCAAGCCACGAGUGGAGACCAAACCCAUCAAUCCAUCAGAAGGCAGCAAAGCUGGUGAUUUCAGUCAUGUGAAGACCCUGGAAGCCAUUCUGAAUUUUAAAUACUCUGGUGGACCAGGGCACAUCGAAGGAUACUACAGGAACCUUUCUCUAGGCCUCCAUGUGGAAGUAGAGCCCUCCGUUUUCUUUACGCGGGUCAGCACCCUGCCAGCCACCAGCACCCGACAAUGCCACCUACUUCUUGAUGUCUUCAAUUCCACAGAGCACGAGUUGACCAUUAGUGCUAAGAACAACGAAGAUUUAAUUCUGCACGCGGGGGAGUGUCAGCGCAUGGCUAUCCAAGUGGACAAGUUCAGCUUUGAGAGUUUCCCAGAGUCUCCUACCGACGGGUCCCAGUUUGCGAACGCCAAGCAGCUGGAAGAGGAAAGGCAGCAGGCUAAAGGUCUGGAGAUUAACAGCAAGCUGGAUAUUUGCUGGAAAAUUCCUUCUCUGAAGCGGGAAGGAGAAGCCAGUGUGGAAGGCGUUCUCAAUCAGCUGGUCCUAGAGCAUCUACAACUGGCUCCUCUCCAGUGGGACAUCCUCGUUGAUGGAAAGCUUUGCGACUGUGACGUUGUGGUGGACUGCAAAGUUGGAGACCCUGUCCCACUGGAGGUGAAGCUGACCAACUGGAGCAAACACAGCGUGGGCCCUUUUGCUCUCACAGUGACACCCUACCAGGACUACCAAAACGGGGUGCACAACUAUGAGCUGCAAGACGCUAUCACUUUUGUGGGAUCCAACACCUUUUACAUUGAUUCGGUGAAGCCAACCAAAGACUCUGUGUACUUUGGAGCACUUCUCUUUCUCUACACAGGUGACUUCUACCUGAAUAUCAAAUUCCACGAGGACAACUGCAACAGGGAUCUCCCUCUCUCCUGGUUCUGCCUUCCCAGUGUUCACAUACGUGCGAUGGAGCCUGUCAUCCAAACUAAAGUGUAGAUGUGCUGUGUGCUGGUUGAUUAACAACAGUGCCCAGAAAUGCUUGGCACAGUCUCUGCUUGACCCCAGCUUGUUUCUGUCCACCCCCCGGCCACAGUCCCUACUUUGGAGGAACAGCUGAACACUUUCUGAAUUGGCUGGUAGUCAUUUGGGCAGCUGCUUUAGCUAAUUUCAGAGAGAAAGAUUAUAAAUAUGCUAGAGUUCUCUUCUGCUUCCAAAAAGCCUUUGAAACAGCUAAUAUGUGCAUUAUGCUUUCAUACACCCCACUGAUAUCAGCGAAUUUGAAAGGAUCUUGAAGGCUGAAUUUAACCUUGUAUUUGAAGGUAGUGAUUCCAGUUUGGAUAGUCCUUCCUUAUUGUUUCAGCAAAAGUUGUGUAUCUGUAUUAAAUGCCUCCUGACAUACAAU